AUGAACCACUGUCGUCAAGGCCACCUCAGGCGAUUUACAAGUACAGGCUUCAUUGCAGCACCAUACACUAGCAUGCACUACUUUCGCUCUUUAGCGUGGCUGAUUUCGGUUCCGAGGAAGUCCAUAACACGGAGGAUUGAGCAAAGGCGCUUGAAGUCUACUCGGACUCAAACUGUGAAGCGAGUAACAAAGACUCUGAUCCCAGAGAGGAUGACACCUGCAAACCAGGAGUGUUGCGACUUUUCGAACAAAGCCCGGCCAUACGUUUACUUCGGGGCCAACGCUUCAGCUCACCGCCCUAUUGCUCUCGGAUACGUUUCAGAGCGUCCCAACAACAAAUCCUUUCGCGCCGUGCCAUUUCCUGAGGGGACCUUUGGGGUGCUCUACUACUAUCAUGACCGCACCCACCCAGCGGUAUCUGGCAAUCUACGCCUCCGCAUAUGUGAUAGUCCAGGAAGCUUCGGGAGAGGGAAGGACCUGGAGCAAGGGAUCGGCGAGCCUUGGAGCGUCCCGCUGUUCUCGCUCAUCAGAAGCCCUUGCUACACGCCCAUUCGCCGCCUGCUGCGCAUGGAAGGGCUCGUUGAUAACGGCUUGGUGUCGUACCUAGAGCAACUGCCGCUACUAAUAGGUUGA